CUCACUCGUCACUGCCACUCGUCACUUUCCCUUCUUCAAAUUCCUAAAUUUCACACAGUAGCACCAAUUUCCCCCAAUUACUUCCAUUGUAGAAGACGAAUUUCAACAACUAUAAUAACAAUGUCUUCACCUUCACAAACUGCACGAACCGCACCAGAAGAAUCCAAGGUCACCGCUCCCUACGGUUCGUGGAAAUCCCCAAUUACCGCCGACGUUGUUUCCGGCUCAAGUAAACGCCUCGGCGGCUUCGCGGCUGACUCCUUCGGCCGCCUCUACUGGCUGGAAUCCCGCCCCAAUGAAUCUGGAAGAGGUGUACUGGUAAGACAGGCCGAGGGCGAAAGUGAUGAGCCAACUGAUAUUACGCCGAAAGAUUUUGCCGUGAGAACUGUGGCACAAGAAUAUGGAGGUGGGGCCUUCACCGUUUUAGAGGACGCCGUUGUAUUCUCAAAUUACAAAGAUCAACGACUCUACAAGCAAUCAAUUUCAUCUAGAGAUUCAGUUCCUCUGCCGCUCACGCCAGAUUACAGUGGGCCAUUCGUUUGCUACGCUGACGGAGUAUUUGAUUCUCGAUUUAAUCGGUACCUGACAGUGAGGGAAGAUCGUCGUGAAAGUAGUGCAAAUCCCACCACAACAAUUGUUUCGAUUGACCUCUCCAGCACCAACCAUAUAAAGGAACCUGAAAUAUUAGUUGGAGGCAAUGACUUCUAUGCUUUUCCUCGGAUUGAUCACAAAGGAGAACGUGUGGCAUGGAUUGAAUGGGGUCAUCCCAAUAUGCCAUGGGAUAAAUCGGAACUUUGGGUCGGAUAUAUUUCUGAAAACGGAAACAUAAAAAACCGCAUUUGUGUUGCUGGUGGUGAUCCAUCAAUUGUGGAAUCACCAAGUGAACCUAAGUGGUCACCUGAAGGGGAACUUUUCUUCGUCACUGAUAGAAAAAGUGGGUUUUGGAAUAUCUACAGAUGGGUGGAAUCAACAAAUGAAGUACUGCCAGUUUACUCCUUAGAUGCCGAGUUCACUACACCGUUAUGGGUUUUUGGUCUGAGCUCAUUUGACUUUCUUAAUAAGAAUUCAAUUGCUUGCACCUACAGGAUGAAUGGGAGCUCAUAUCUUGGAAUCAUCGAUGUUGCGCAGAACAAAAUAUCGCUACUUGAUAUUCCUUUCACAGAUAUAAAUAAUAUAACAUCCGGGCUUAACUGCUUGUAUGUUGAAGGAGCAUCUGCAGUUCAUCCUUCAUCAAUAGCUAAGGUGACUUUAGACGAUCAAAGGUCUAAAGCAGUUGAUUUCAAGAUCAUGUGGUCUUCUUCUUCAAUAAGUUCAUUGUACAGGCCAUACAUAAGCUCACCAGAACUCAUAGAGUUCCCUACAGAAGUCCCGGGGGAAAGGGCAUAUGCGUACUUUUACCCCCCGACAAAUCCUCUAUUUCGAUCUAGUCCGGAGGAGAAACCUCCAUUGCUGUUGAAGAGUCACGGUGGGCCCACUGCCGAAACUCGUAGUAGUUUGAAUUUCAGUAUCCAAUAUUGGACCAGCCGUGGAUGGGCUUUUGUGGACGUUAAUUAUGGCGGGAGCACUGGUUAUGGUCGUAAAUAUCGAGAUAGGCUGCUUGGACAGUGGGGAAUUGUUGAUGUCAAUGAUUGCUGCAGCUGCGCCAAGUUUUUGGUUGACAGUGGAAAAGUCGACGGUGAAAGAUUAUGCAUUACUGGGGGUUCUGCUGGUGGAUACACAACUUUAGCUGCACUUGCAUUCAGAGACGUAUUCAAAGCCGGUGCAUCCUUGUAUGGAGUGGCUGACUUGAAGUCGUUGGCAGCCGACUCUCAUAAAUUUGAAUCGCGCUAUAUCGACAAUCUUGUCGGAGACGAGAAUGAAUUCUUUCAGAGAUCUCCGAUCAAUUUUGUAGAUAAGUUUUCCUGCCCUAUAAUUCUCUUUCAAGGAUUAGAAGACAAGGUUGUCCUGCCUGAUCAAGCACGUAAAAUCUACCACGCGUUAAAGGCUAAAGGUCUGCCCGUUGCUCUUGUGGAAUACGAAGGAGAACAGCAUGGCUUCCGGAAGGCCGAGAAUAUCAAGUUCACUCUUGAACAACAGAUGGUGUUCUUUGCCCGUUUGGUCGGUAAUUUCCAAGUCGCAGAUGAAAUUAACCCCAUGAAAGUCGACAACUUCGACUGACCUACGUUGACUUUUUUUGUUCCCCUCUCAAAGUUGCUGACCCAUUUUUUUUUUUUUUUUUUAAAUAGAAGUGCUUUCGUAAUUUAUUUAUUUGUUCUUACGGAUUUCGAAUAGUUUAUACCGUUACAACAUUUGCGAGCUACUUAUAGAUUUUGUUCAUAAUUGAAUAAAGGAUUUUGUUAUUA